AACCUCUUCCGGCUGCGAAACAUGGCGGCACCCAUGGUCAGGACCAUAUUUGGGCGUGGGACCGUACGGCACUUCCGUUCAGGUGCGGCUGUUUCACCAGCCGACGCCGCGGGCUUCGGGCAUGGGGUCCCGCGGCCUGGCGCGGCUGCAUGGGCUCUUCGCGGUCUACAAGCCCCCGGGGCUAAAAUGGAAGCACCUGCGGGACACCGUGGAGUUGCAGCUUCUGAAGGGUGUCAAUGCUGGGAGGGCUCCUGCCCCCGAACAGCGUGUUCGUUUCCUGCUGGGCCCCGUGGGAGACGGUGAAGAGAAGGCGCUUACUCUCACCGCCACGAGUGUGCCCACCCUCACCAACCAUCCGCUGGUCUGCGGACCAGCAUUCACCAGGCUGAAGAUUGGUGUGGGACACCGGCUGGAUGCCCAAGCAUCUGGGGUGCUUGUGCUCGGCGUGGGACACGGACGCAGGCUCCUUACCAGCAUGUACAACGCUCACCUCACCAAGGAUUACACAGUACGUGGCCUCCUGGGCAAAGCCACAGAUGACUUCUGUGAGGAUGGGCGGCUGGUGGAGAAGUCAACAUAUGACCAUGUGACCAGAGAGAAGCUGGACCGAAUCCUGGCCCUGAUCCAAGGUUCCCAUCAGAAGGCCCUGGUGAUGUACUCCAACGUGGACUUGCAAACCCAGGAGGCCUACGAUAUGGCUGUGAGAGGCUUGAUUCGGCCCAUGGGCAAGUCCCCGAUGCUGGUAACAGGCAUCCGAUGUGUCUCCUUCGCGCCUCCGGAAUUCCUCUUAGAGGUGCAGUGCAUGCACGAGACGCAGAAGCAGCUGCGAAGGCUGGUGCAUGAGAUCGGCCUGGAGCUGAAGACCACUGCUGUCUGCUCCCAAGUGCGGCGUACCCGGGAUGGCUUUUUCACCCUAGACGAUGCCCUCCUGAGGACCCAGUGGGACUUACACAACAUCCAGGAUGCCAUCCAGGCCGCAGCUCCCCGGGUGGCCGCGGAGCUGGAGAAGAGCUUGAGGCCAGGGCUGGGCAUCCAGAAGCUUCCUGGUCCCAGCAGACCCUGGGACUCCUGGGGGCCGAGCUCUGCCUCGGGGCUGGAGAGCUGUGCGGGGUCAUUGAAAGGUCAGGUGGCUGGCGGGCCAGUGGAUGGGUAAGAUAAGAAUCCUGGUGAGCUGGAACUGAUAACUGUAGAAAGCAAGAGUAGGGGAAGCUUUUCUACAUGUGGCAUAAAACUCUGAAACUGUAAGAAAGAAGAUCAAGAAACUUGACCCAAUUAAAAAGGAAAAACUUGUGUGUGAGGAAAAGAUGAUAAACAAAUGAUAAGACAGAUAAAAAUACUUGUAAUAUAUUUAAGAAUGAAUAUCCAGGGGCACCUGGGUGGCUCAGUCAGUUAAGCUCAGGUCAUGAUCUCAGGGUUCUGGGAUCAAGCCCCAUAUCGGGGCUCCCUGCUCAGCGGGGGUCUGCUUCUCCCUCUCGCUCUGCCCCCACUGCUCGUGUGUGGGUGCACAUGCUGUGUCUCUCAAAUAAGUAAAAUAUUUUUAAAAAAAUAAUGAAUAUCCAUAAUAUAUAAAGAGCACUUAUAAAACAAUAAGAAAAAGGUGAGAAAUUUGGGCAAAUGAGAUGAAUUCUUUGUAUAUAUAUGAAAAGAAAUCCAAAUGGCUAAUAAACCGGGACUGAUCCUCAGUCUCUCUAAUAAUGAAAGACACACAGAUAAAACUGAUACGACUAUUUCCUUGCCUUUCCACACAAUAAAAAGAGAAUGUCCAAUAUUGGUGACAAUGUGAGAAAAUGGGCCGUGUGUGCUAUUGGUGGGAAGGUACAACUUUGCAACCUUUUAGGAGUAACUUGGUAGCAUGUGUCAAAAUUAAAAAUACUCCUGCUCUGUGACUCAGCAGUUACAGUUUUAGGGGUCUGUCUUCUGGCAUAAGUUGCAGGCAGUAAAGGUACUUAGAUGGUCACAGCUACAAUGUAAUAGUAACAAACAGGAAACGCCAUUGCCAUCCAUCAGUAAGGGACUGGUUAAAUAAUAUGGGGCAUAGGGGGUCAAAAGGCUCUAUUCCAGGGGAGCCUGGCUGGCUCAGUUUGUAGAGCAUGCAAUGCUUGAUCUUGGGGUUGUGAGUUCAAGUCCUAUGUUGGGUGUAGAGAUUACUUUAAAAAAAAAAAA